AUGCAGACAGUCCGAAGACUGAGCAAAAGCCUCCGACAGGUCCGGCAGUCAUCGAGCUCAUCCCAGUUUACGAAUAUCAUCCAACGCGCCGAUGGCGAGCGUCCGGGACAGGCCGGGGAUGACGAGAUGCUGUCGGUACGCUCGGUCCACGAGCGGGCGUUCACGCUCUCGAACGACACUGUCGUCCCGGCGAAUCUCUUCCUCUUCAACGCCCGCGGCAUGCUCUGGAACCCUGCCAGGGACAUCUAUCCCCACCCUGCUGGCCCCGCCGACCCAACCAAGAUUGUCAGCCAGUUUAAACUCUUCGAGAUAAUUCAUCCCCGCCCUGAAAUGGUCAUCCUUGGCGCGGGCAAAAGUAUCCUGACUAUCGACCCAGAAAAGAUUGCGGCCAUCAAGAGCUACCUGAACUCGAUCGGCAUCCAGCUUGACGUCCUCGAUACACGGAACGGAUGCUCGAAUUACAAUCUCUUGGUCGAGGAGGGGCGCUCCGUGGCCGGCCUCUUCUUAACCCUGGAACCGGUGGACUCAAUUAGCUCACAACUGCUAUCUUCUGUCGAUCCUCAAAACUCCCUCAAGCGCUCUUAAGCAUCAUCAGACUUUUUUUUAUCAAUCAACCUUCCUAACUUUUUUCUGUCUUUGUAUGAGAUAACCA